AUGCCGAAACUAUUUAAGGAAAAGAAAUCAUCAGGGGCAGUGUUCAGACAAAGACGAGCAGAAAAAGAGAAAGCUGGGAAGCGGAUGUCUGAAGCUUUAAAGGAGUACUUGACUUCUCACAAAAGGAGAAAGCAAGAUACAACUACUGCAUCAGAACCAGUUUCCAAUGUUGCAAGCGAACCCGUGCAAAUCGAUGUCGAUGAAUCUUCAACAUCAUCAUUCAAAAAGCCCAUCUCAGUCCAAGAGGUUGUUAAUGUAGAUGAUGCAAAUACUGGAAAAAUACCAGAACAACAAGAUGAUGAGCAACCUUCCACAUCAUCACACUCUGUCUACCUUGAGAAGACUAUUGACCCAGAAGAAUCAAAUGACGAAGAAGAAGAAAGAGAGGAACUGCAGCAGGAGGAACAAUCUACUUCUUUGGCAAUACUGGAUUUGUCGGAUCCAGCUAAUUGGCCAGCUGUUCUCACCACCUCACUAAGGGAUUCUCUUGUCAGGAAAGGGCCUGCAAAGCAAAAAACUAACUUCAUUUUCCCCAAAGAUGCAGCGAAUAGACGUUUCACUAAAGCAAAUUACAAGCGACGGCUGCCAAACGGAGAAGAAACCGUUAGAAAUUGGCUUGUUUAUUCUGUCAAAUUGAACAAAGUAUUUUGUUUUUGUUGUAAGCUAUUUGCAACUAAAGUCACUACAAGUUUGACACGUGGAGGUUAUAAUGACUGGAAAAACUUAUCUCAAAAUCUUUCCAUUCAUGAAAAGUCUAACUCUCAUCUUGUCGCUAUAAGAGACUGGAAUGAACUCUCGAGAAGAUUUGGUUGUGGGAAAACGAUAGAUGCAGCUUCCCAGAGAUUGUUGGCAAAUGAAACACAACAUUGGCAAGAUGUUGUUAAGCGCCUUAUAGGCAUAGUAAAAUAUCUUGGUCGCCAGUGCUUGGCUUUCCGAGGUAGCAGAGAUACAUUAUACAGUGACAAUAAUGGGAAUUAUCUGCAACUUGUGGAAAUGCUGGCCACAUUCGACACCGUUAUGCAGGAACAUCUGAAAAAAAAUAAGGACAGAUGUGCAUGA